AGUUCGAGAUAUAAACGCGUACGGGUUGGAAUUGGUACCGCGAACGUUUUGGAAAGUAUAUAAAUGAUAUAAAAAUGUACACAUGUGAGGUCAUAAACCGCGACGUGAUUGUCAAAUCGUCUUUACACCGGUUCCUACAUAGUGAUGGAUAAUACCUUUCAUUGUCACGGAUUGUGAGAAAAUUAAUUUUAAUAAACUUGUGCUUGGAAUAUAAAUACAAAAAAAAAGUUGUUACAAUUAUUUAUCAAUCGAUAAUAGUCAGUGUCAGUGCUAAGUGUGAGAAAAAUCAUUUUGUUUUCGAUUGGAAGUUUUCAAAGUGGCCCGUCUGUAAACGGCCAUAUUGCAUACCACACCGACAAAGACGGCGGUUAUUCGGUUAUGCGAGGGCAAGAGAGAAACGCGACUUCUCCAGAGGCUGAACGACUUGUUGUGGUGCGGGGAGCGGAUCUGUGGAAUGUUAGAGUUCUUCAUCUAACACACGUGUAUUAACGAAAUGUUAUAAAUAUUUCGUAUUAAUUAUCGUAAGAUGCAGUAGUGGGAUAAUUUCGGAAAUUGAAAAAAAAUAAUGUGGGAAACUUUGUUAAUUUUUUGUGCGGUUUCUACGGCGGGUGCGCGCACUCCCGGACCGGGACCGGGAAGAACGGUUUAUAAAGAACCUUUUUACGGGUAUUCGACGCAAAUGCAAUCUCGCGCCGUGGAUACGCGAGUAACUUUAGAAAUAUUAGAAGAACAACCUAAAGGAACCGUAGUCGGAAAGAUUCCCAUCAAACCCGGAUUUACUUAUAGAUUCAACGAACCACCUAAAGAAUUUAUUCUCGAUCCUAAUACGGGAGAGAUUAAAACAAACGCCGUUAUCGAUAGGGAGAUAAUGAAAAAUGAUAGAAUCGAUUUGGUGAUUUUAUCUAGUCAGCCGACGUAUCCUAUAGAAGUUAGAAUCGUUGUUUUGGAUAUAAACGACAAUUCUCCGGAAUUUCCUGAAUCUAGUAUCGAGGUAUCGUUUUCGGAAAGCGCAGCAGCUGGUACACGUCUUUUAUUAUAUUCCGCAUUUGAUAAAGACGCCGGAAUAAACGGCAUUACUAACGAUUAUUCAAUAAUAGCUGGUAAUAAAGAUGAGAAAUUCAAGUUAAUUCUAACACCGAAUCCAACAGGUGAAACGUCUUAUUUACAUUUGGAAACUACUGGAAAAUUAGACAGGGAAACGCAAGGUUUUUACGUAUUGAAUAUAUCAGUUAAAGACGGCGGAAAAUCACCUAGAUACGGUUAUUUACAAGUGAAUGUAACGAUAUUAGACGUUAACGAUAAUCCUCCUAUAUUCGAUCACAGCGAUUAUAUAGUUUCUUUGAAUGAAAGCGUUCCACCUGGUACGUCUGUAUUACAAGUAAUGGCUACCGAUAACGAUAUGGGUGAUAAUGCGAAAAUAACAUAUUACCUAGCCGAUUCCGAACAUCAAUUUUCAGUAGAUUCGGAAACCGGAGAAAUAUCCACAACGGAAAAUUUAGAAUGUCCCCAACAGAAUUGCAACAAUCCUUCUAAACCGGGAGGAGCUUGUCCGAAAAGUUGUGUGUUUACAGUAUUCGCAAGAGAUCACGGAACUCCCAGACAAAACGGUAGAACUUACGUAACCGUUAAUUUAGUUGAUGCUAACGAUCACGAUCCGGUGAUAAAAUUUAGAUAUUUUCCUUCGACUUCCAGUUUCGCUACGGUCGACGAAAACGCUGUUAAUGGAACUGUAGUAGCAGCAGUUUCGGUUGUCGAUCAAGACGAAGGCCUAAACGGAGAAACUACGGUAAUGAUAUUAUCAGGUAACGAAAUGAAUCAUUUUAGAUUAGAUUAUACCCCUAGUUUUGAUAUAGUUAGAGUUAGCGGCGUUUUGGAUCGAGAAGAUAUAUCAAAAUAUAACAUAACCAUCGUGGCGACCGAUAAAGGUAAUCCACCGCGUACGGCGACGGCUUUUUUGAUAAUUCACGUAAACGAUGUAAACGAUCAUGAGCCUGUGUUCGAGAAAAGCGAAUAUUCCGCCAUUCUCAGCGAAUUAGCACCUCCCGGUACUUACGUAGCUGGUAUAACAGCUACCGACGAAGAUACAGGAGUCAACGCUCAAAUAUAUUACGCUUUCGUUUCCGGUAAUGAAAAUCAAUGGUUUAUUAUCAAUACAGAUUCGGGAUUGAUAACGACACGCUCUACAUUAGACAGAGAAAUUCAAGGUACAGUCGAAUUGAAUAUAUCGGCAAGAGAUGGUGGACCGAAUCCGAAAUGGGCGCAUACUCAAUUGAAAAUAACAAUUUUAGACGAAAACGACGAGGCUCCCGAAUUUUCGCAAUCUCGUAUCAACGUUAGUUUAUCAGAAAGCGUACCACCCGGUACUCUCGUUGCGAUGUUAACCGCUUCGGAUCACGAUCAAGGUACAAACGGCAGCGUAGCGUACACCUUACAUCCAGCUGUUUUUCAAAGAUACCAAGACACUUUCUCUCUUGAUUCCCUCACCGGUCAACUUGUUACUAAAACCGAUUUAGAUAGAGAAAAAAUUAGUUUUUACGAAAUCAACGUUAUAGCCAAAGACCAAGGUAUACCUUCACAAUCUUCUACGGCUACUGUUUAUUUAUCUAUUUUAGAUAUUAACGAUAAUAAUCCGGAAUUUUAUCCGCAAAAAUAUUUAGUAACAAUUUCCGAAGAUACGAAAAUCGGUAGUUCUUUAUUAAAAGUUACCGCUACCGAUAAAGACGAAGGAGAAAAUGCAAUGGUAACUUUUAAGCUUGAAAACGGCGGUGAAGGUAUAUUCACAGUCGAUGAAUGGACCGGCGUUAUAUCUAUAAAAGAAAAUUUCAAAUUAGCCCCGAAACCUAUAUAUCGCUUAAAAAUUUCAGCCAUCGAUCAAGGCGAUAAAAAAGCUACAGAAGAUGCCAUUGUGGAAGUUAUAAAAGAUGCUUAUUUAGAAGAAUUACAUUUCGAAAAUUACGCUGGAUAUGAUUUUCAAAUUACAGAAGAUUCAAGCGGCGAUAAAAUUUUCGUAAAAAGAGACGUAGGUAUCGUACACGUCAGAAAUAACGAUGUCAAAUACUACAUUUUUCACGGAGAUCCAAAUCGCAAUUUCCAAAUCAACGAAAAUACAGGAAAAAUAUCAACAGCUAAAAAUAUCGAUAGAGAACAACAAAUGUCUUAUAGCUUAACAAUUGUAGCUAAAACGGGGCUAGCAUACGGUAAAACUACCGCAAAUAUUAUAGUGCAAGAUUUAAACGACAACAAACCCGUAUUUUUACGCGACAAAGAAGAAAUAAAGUUACCAGAAAACGCCGCUGUAGGUCAAGAAGUUUAUCUAGCACGAGCGCGAGAUUCGGACGCCGGAAUCAACAGCAAAAUAACUUACACUUUAAGCAACAACGAACACGAUCAAUUCCGAAUAUCCGAAACAACGGGAGUAAUUUAUUUGAAACGACCAAUAAGAUCCGAACCGGGAAGUGUUUUGAACAUAGAAGUAACCGCAACUGACGGCGGAGACGAACCUUUAUCGUCGAAACAUUCCGUUAUGAUAACAAUAGAAGACGUUAAUGAUCAUACGCCUAUAUUCGAUCAUACGUCUUAUGAAACUUCUUUAUUAGAAUCAACUCCUGUUAACGAUCGAUUUUUCGCUUUGGCAGCUACCGACGCGGAUUUAGGAUCGAACGGUAAAAUAACUUAUUUUAUAUCGGAAGGAAAUAACGAAGAUAAAUUCGGAGUGUUUCCCGAUGGAUAUUUGUACGUUAAAAAAUCUCUAGAUCGCGAAGAUAAAGAUUAUUAUUCGUUAACGGUUACGGCGCGAGAUUCGGGAAAUCCCUCAAGAUCUUCCUUCGUUCCUGUUGUUAUACAUGUCAUCGACGAAAACGAUAACAGUCCUCAAUUUACUAAUCAAACGUUUAUAUUUAAUAUAAGAGAAAACGAACCGCCGGAUUCUUUUGUGGGGAAAUUAACAGCUACGGAUAAAGAUAUAGGAAGAAACGCCGAAUUAAUAUUUUCUUUAUCGAUGUCCCAAAGCGAUUUCGCCGUAGAUCCUAAAAACGGUUUCAUUAGAACCUUACACAUAUUCGAUAGAGAAGAAUUAGUAAUGAAUACCGGCCAAAAUGUUAUCACUCUAGAAGCUUCUGUAGCCGAUAACGGUAUUAUUAAAUUACGAGAUAAAGUUAAAGUUUAUAUCCACGUUUUAGACGUCAACGAUAAUCCGCCGAAAUUUCUACGAACUCCUUAUAAAGUACAAAUAUCCGAAGGGUCUACAACCGGCGCUCAAGUGACUAGAUUAUAUACCACUGACGCCGAUGAAGGAUUAAACGGCGACGUAUUUUAUAAAAUAAUCGGCGGAAAUGACGACGGACGUUUCGAAAUCGACGAAUCCACCGGACAAAUAACUCUACUUCGUCCUUUAGAUAGAGAAACUACUUCUAAAUACGUUUUAAAAGUGAUAGCGCACGACGCCGGACUAAUGAAACAACUUACUUCCACGACAACCGUGUCUAUCGACGUUUUAGACGAAAACGAUAACGCUCCCGAAUUUACCCAAAGCGAAUCGAGGAUAUCGGUAAACGAAAUGACACUAGUAAACACCGAACUUAUAAAAUUCAAAGCUACCGACGCGGAUCUAGGCGUUAACAGCGAAAUUGUUUAUUCUAUAACGGCAGGUAAUAGAAAAGAUACCUUCCAUAUCGACGCUACGACCGGAGUCUUGUAUUUACAUAAACCGUUAGAUUUCGAAGAAUUGACUGCCUAUCAACUUAACGUUACAGCAUCCGAUAAUGGCAAUCCGAGAUUAUCUACUAAUAUUUUGUUCGUUAUUGCCGUAGAAGAUUCCAACGAUAAUCCUCCGUCGUUUCCCAGUACGGCUAUAGUUAGACAGAUUCGUGAAGGUAUCCCGAUUCACACCCCCAUAGUUACUGUCACCGCCGACGAUCCGGAUUCCGGAUUAAACGGUAAAGUUUCGUAUUCGAUUUCGUAUCAAGAUCCGGAUGAUAAUAGACGACAUUUCGGUAUAAAUCCUCUUACGGGGGUUAUUCAUACUUUACUACCUAUCGAUAGGGAGACUAUAGAUACGUUCCGAUUAACUGUCGUCGCUACCGAUCAAGCUAUUCCCGAUUCUUCAAGACUUUCCGCCGAUAAAUUAGUUACGGUUAUCGUAGAAGAUGUUAACGAUAACGCGCCGAUUUUCGUAUCGAUGAAUGCUGCCAUUUUACCGAAAAUAAAUAGUUUCAACGGAGGUGAUGUAUUGAUAACGAACGUUUUCGCUCGAGAUUUGGACUCGGCUACGAACGGUUUGGUUACUUACGAAUUAGCUAGCGGUAACAGCGAUUUAUUUAAAUUAGAUCAAAGUACUGGAGCGUUGAAACUUCGACGUUCAAUAUACAAUCCCGAACCGACUUAUAGAUUAUCGGUAAAAGCGACAGACGAAGCCGUACAAAACGAAAGAAAAUCCACCGAAGCUUAUUUGACUAUAAUCGCAACUAACGAUAUAAAGAACGGUCCCGAAUUCGAGAGUGAUCUAUUUACGGGUAGUGUAUACGAAAACGAACCGACGGGGACGAGUAUCUUGACCGUUUGGGCUAAAUAUCAUAGUAGUGAAGUUGAAUAUUAUGUAACGAACGUGACUGGUGCGGGCGUACAAGUAGACAGACUCUUUGAUAUCGAUACAAAAUUAGGUGUUUUAUCGACUGCUACCGAAUUGGAUAGAGAAAUGGGAGUGGAUACUUACGAAAUUGAAGUUUACGCUAUUGUAAAUGGAGCCGAACAACUAGGAACUUCUAAAACAAAGGUGAAAGUGACUGUAAUGGACAAAAAUGAUAGUCCGCCGUCGUUCAAGCACAUUCCUUUGCACUUUUCCGUAUCGGAGGAUCUCAGCCCUGGUCAACCGAUAGCGACGAUAAAAGCUGAAGAUCCAGAUACUAUCGGAGUAUUGGAAUACAAUCUUCUAACUGGUGAUGAUGGUAAAUUUUCCUUGGACAAAUCUAGCGGUGUUUUACGAUUGAUCGAUUCCCUUGACAGAGAAACUAAACAGAUGUAUAAACUGAUGGUGAGAUGCAGUGACGGAAACCAAUUUACUGAUACCAUCGUGAACGUUGAGGUUACAGACACAAAUGACAAUCCACCUGUUUUUCUGGAAAGCGCUUACUCAUUCGACAUACCAGAAAACGCUCCUAGAGGCUCCAGAGUGGGUCAGAUUAAAGCAACAGAUCCAGAUUUAGGAAUAAAUGCCCAGUUGACGUAUUCCGUUAUUAGCGAUUGGGCCAACGACGUAUUUUCUCUAAAUCCUCAAUCUGGAGUUUUCACUUUAACUUCAAAAUUGGAUUACGAAGAGGUUCAGCAUUACAUACUGGUAGUUCAAGCACAAGACGCCGGGCAUCCUGCUUUAUCCAGUACUUUGACAGUAUAUUGCAAUGUGUUGGACCUCAACGAUAACGCUCCUCUUUUUGAUCCGAUGUCGUAUAGCAUCGAAGUUUUUGAAAACGUUACAGUUGACACUAAUAUACUUACUGUUAGCGCAACAGAUGCUGAUUCUUCGAAAAAUAAAGAAAUUGUCUAUACAAUUACAUCUGGAAAUGAAAAAGAAGACUUCGGGAUUCUACAGAACGGUUCGAUUGUUACUAAAAAUCAAUUAGAUCGUGAAACGCAGGCGACUUAUAACUUGGUUGUAACCGCAACUGAUCAAGCUUUAAUACAAGAAAAUAGAUUGUCAUCUACGGUACAAGUAACGGUCAUUUUGAAAGACGUAAACGACAUGUCACCCGAAUUCAUCACACCCAACGAGACCACAGUAGUCGAAAACGUUCCCAUCAAUACCGUAGUCAUGGUAAUCAAAGCAAUAGAUAAGGACGAAGGAAGAAACGGAUAUAUAGAAUACUCCCUAUCCAACGAUCCUCUCACCUACGGUUUAUUUUCUUUAGGACCGGUUGAUGGUUUGCUACGAGUCAGCGGGAAAAUUGAUAGAGAAACUACGAAUAACUAUACUUUAUUAAUAACCGCCAAAGAUAGAGGAGAUCCACCCAAGGUUACGAAUAUGAAGCUUUUUAUUAAAAUAUUGGAUGAGAAUGACAACAGUCCAGUUUUCGAUCCGAAGCAGUACAGCGCCUCAAUAUCUGAAAACGCCUCAAUCGGCGCUAGCGUUUUACAGGUAUCAGCAACAGAUGUAGACGAUAACCUCAACGGCCGCGUCAGAUAUUCAAUAAACUCAGGUGACGACAACCGCGAUUUUACUAUAGCCGAAGAUACCGGAGUAGUAAGGGUAGCGAAGAAUCUCAAUUACGAACGAAAAUCACGCUACGAAUUAAUAGUUAAAGCGGAGGACUGCGCCGGUGAUAUCAGCGGAGCUGCAGUUAGAUCCGACACUGCUAAAAUAUCGAUUUCCGUUUCGGAUAUCAACGACAAUCCCCCAACUUUUUUAGAUUCCCCUUAUCUAGCUUACGUAAUGGAAAAUACGGUUCCUCCAAAUGGAGGUUACGUUAUUACCGUUCAAGCUUAUGAUGCCGAUACGCCUCCAUUCAAUAAUUUAGUCAAAUAUUUCAUCAAAGAAGGAGAUACAGAUAUAUUUAGAAUCAACGCUACCACCGGUCAGAUAUCAUUGUUGCGAGCUUUGGAUAGAGAGAUUCAAGACGAAUACAUCUUGAGCUUGGUCGCUAUGGAUACCGGAUCACCACCUCUAACUGGAACAGGAACAGUACGAGUUGUAGUACAAGAUGUUAACGACCACAGUCCGGAGUUCAAAAGACAAUCCUACCAAGCAAUUAUCAAAGAAAAUAUGCCACCGCUAACUUGGGUUCUAUCUCCAAUAGCUACGGACAAAGAUAUCGGUUUAAAUGGAAAAAUUCGAUAUAGUCUUUUGGGGGAUAAAGUCGAAAGAUUUAAAGUAGAUUAUAACACUGGAGUGAUAACAACGGCCGUUUCUUUGGAUAGAGAAGAAAUUAGCUCGUACUUUUUAACUUUAAUGGCACAAGAUUGUUCUACGACGGAACCCCGAGCUUCAGCGGUCAAUUUAACUUUAAAUAUAGCCGAUGAAAACGAUAAUUCGCCAGCUUUCGAUUUAAGUAAAUACGAAAUAUACAUUUCGGAUCAAACUAAAGCCGGAGAGUUCGUUUUCGGCGCAAGAGCAACCGACGAAGAUUCUGGUAUGAAUUCAAAAAUCGUUUACCGAUUAAUGGGUGAACACGCAAGAAAUUUCACCAUAAACGAAAAUACGGGAGUGAUAAAAGCAAUUUAUGAUCUACAAAGAUCGUCUACCAGCACUUUCAAUCUCGAAAUAGAAGCCACGGAUAGCGGUAAAUACCCGAGAAGAACAAGUACGGAAUUACGAGUUCAUCUAAAACCUGGUCAUUUUUUUCCGAAAUUCGCAACACCGACAAAAACGAAAUUCGUAUUAGCCGAAAACGUAGAAGAAGGCAAAAUUAUAGCCAGAGUGAAAGCGACUUCGCCAAAGAAAGGUCCAGCUGCUGCUAUUAGAUACGCUACUGCCGGUGGGAAUAUAGGAGACGCUUUAAAAAUCGAUAAAAAUAGCGGCGAAAUUCAAAUAACAGGACAAGGAUUAGAUUACGAAGUUUCUUCAGUUUACGAAGUUUGGAUAGAAGCACAAGAUUCGGAUACUCCACCUCUUAGAAGCGUCCUACAACUAACAAUAAACGUAACGGACACUAACGACAAUCCUCCGAUAAUGAGUACUUUAUUAUAUAACGCUUCCGUUCUCGAAGAAGAAAUUCCUCCGCUUCUGGUCGUUAAAGUUUCCGCUACCGACGCCGAUUCUGGAGAAAACGGUAAAGUCAAAUACAAACUUCUUGACGAUUUCGAAGGAGCUUUCGAAAUAGACGCCGAAACCGGAGAGAUUUAUACCAACAGUCUCUUAGAUCGGGAGGAUAUAUCGAAUUAUGAAUUGGUGGUAGAAGCCGCCGAUCAAGGUUCACCGCAACUUUCAAGUACAGCCACCGUUCUCGUUACCGUCUUGGAUAAAAACGACAAUCCUCCGAGAUUCACCAGAUUAUUCAGUGUCAACGUAACCGAAAACGCUGAAAUCGGUUCGUUCGUUAUUAGAGUAACCAGUUCCGAUCGAGAUAUAGGAGAAAAUACGAACGCUACUUACAUUUUCACCGAGAAUCCUGGAGAAAAAUUCAAAAUAGAUCCGAUAAGCGGCAACGUUACGGUAGCAGGAUACUUAGAUAGAGAACAACAGGACGAAUAUAUAUUAAAAGUAGCCGCAGUUGAAUUAGCUUGGACAGCAGAAACUCCUAUCACCAUUACGAUUCAAGACCAAAACGAUAAUGCACCAGAAUUCGAACAAUCUUUUUACAGUUUCAAUUUUCCCGAAUUACAAAGACCAAUUGUUUUCGUAGGACAAGUUAUGGCUACUGACAGAGAUAAACAAGGUCCUAAUUCAGUUAUAAGUUAUUCGUUACAACAACCUUCCGAUUUAUUCACCGUAGAUCCAGCUUCGGGAGAAAUUUUUAGCAAAAGGAGCCUCAGAUAUAAAUACACCCCUCUGGAAUCUUCGCCGGAAAACACUUACUCUCUAACAAUAUUAGCUACAGAUAACGGUAAACCCCCGAUGUCUUCGGAAUGUUUGGUAACAAUAAAUGUCAUAGACGCCAACAACAACGCACCAAGUUUUGAACAACAAGAAUAUCUCACACCGGUACCUAAAGAUGCGAUCGAAGGUCAAGAAGUAUUGAAAGUUGUUGCAAAAGAUGAUCUCGAUGUUGGGGUUAACGCCGAUAUAGAAUAUAGUAUCUUAGGUGGUAACGGUUCGAAUAUUUUCGCAAUCGAUAAGAUUACCGGUUGGAUCAGAUUAAAAGAAAAAGUAUCCACCGUAGGUACCGUAUAUAUUCUGAGGAUCCGCGCGAUCGAUAAAGGAAUACCACCGCAACAAACCGAAACGACAGUAACUUUAAUAAUUACCGGGGAAAAUAGAUACAGUCCCGUAUUUACGGCGCUCAGUUACCAAGUAAUCGUACCUGAAAACGAACCCUUAGGAUCUACUAUUUUAAUAGUCAGUGCUUCCGAUAGAGAUCAAGGUCCUAACGGUAUGGUCAGAUACAAAAUAUCAGCAGGUAACGAACGUAAAGAAUUCACCGUCGAUACCGUGACAGGAGCUGUAACGAUCCUUCAACCACUCGAUUACGAUAAUAUACAAGAAUAUCGAUUGAAUAUAACGGCGGAGGAUUUAGGUUUUAAACCGCGACGUACUACUGCAAUGUUGACGAUUACCCUUACGGAUAUCAACGACAACGCGCCGAAAUUCGACGAAACCGUCUACGAAGCUUAUUUAUCGGAAAAUUUACCGGCCGGAAGUUUUGUUUAUAAAGUCGUCGCUAUAGAUAUCGAUUCUCCUAAAAACGCCAUCAUAGAAUAUUCGAUAUCAGACGGUACCGACGAGGAAGUUUUUCUAAUAAAUAAAACAACAGGAGUUAUAACUUCCAAAAUAACAUUCGACUAUGAAGAAAAAGAUCAGUAUAUAUUAAAUAUAGUUGCCGCUAAUCCGGAUUCUUCGAUGUACGGUACAACCAUCGUUAAAGUACACAUCACAGGUGUAAAUGAAUUUUUCCCUAGAUUUAUACAACCCGUAUUUCAUUUCGACGUAUCCGAAUCAACAGAAGUUGGAACAAGAGUCGGUACCGUUCAAGCCACAGACCAAGAUAGCGGAGAAGAGGGUAAAGUUUAUUAUCUCUUGAUAGGAUCUAGUAACGAUAAAGGAUUUAGCAUAAACGCAGAAACCGGUACGAUAAGAGUAUCAAGAAAUCUCGAUAGGGAAACUCAGAGUCGUAUAGUAUUAACAGUAAUGGCUAAAAAUGCAGGAGGUAUACGUGGUAACGACACCGACGAAGCUCAAGUAAUAAUAACCGUACAAGAUGGUAACGAUCCACCGGAAUUUUUACAAAACCUAUACGAAACCGAAGUAUCCGAAGGAGUUAGCAUCGGUACUAAAUUAAUAUCAGUUAAAGCCAUAGAUAAAGACGUCAGAUUACAAAACAAUCAAUUCAGUUAUUCAAUACUCGAUGGAAAUAUCGAUCAAGUAUUCAAAAUCGAUCCACAAAACGGAGAAAUACACACUUCCAAACGAUUAGAUAGAGAAAUUAUUGGAACCUACUCGGUAAUCGUCGGUGCAAUAGAUACCGGAAUACCACCUCAAACUGGUACGACUACGGUAAAAAUCCACGUAACCGAUAUCAAUGAUAAUGGUCCGGUGUUCGAACCAGCUCCUGUAGGUUAUAUAUUAGAAAAUAAACCUCCCAAUACUAAAAUUAUGGUACUAUCCGCCAAAGAUCCAGAUUUACCUCCCAACGGCGCACCGUUUACGUACCAACUAAUCGGUGGUAAACACAAAGAUUACGUUCGUAUCGAUAAACAUUCCGGAACAGUAGUAUCUACGAAGAUAAUAGACAGAGAAUUAAUUCCGGAAUUGAAUAUCGUAGUCGAAGUCGAAGAUAACGGUAUACCGAAAUUGAAAUCGCAACACGUCGUUAGGAUACAAGUACAAGACGAAAAUGACAGUCCUUCAAGUUCUAGAUCUGUACACGUGAUGGUGUACGUGUUUAAUAAUUCGUUUCCUACGGGCAAGAUUGCCGAUGUUCAUCCGAACGAUCACGAUUUAAUAGGCGAUUAUAAAUGUCGUAUCGUACAACCGUCUCAAUCGAGUGUAUUAACCAUUCCGACUGGUUGUAAUUUGUAUACGUCAAAAAUCACUCAAAAUUUAGGUUAUUCCUUAUCCGUUUCCGGUAAUGACGGAAGACAUUCGGAUGUUAUAUCAACGGUCAGUGUGGAAUUUAUAUCGUUCUCUAAUAAAACCGUUGAUAAUUCUAUUACUCUAUUUAUCACCAACAUCACAGCUGAAACUUUUUUAACUCAAUAUUACCGAGGACUUUUAGACGUAUUAAAAAGUAUUUUGAAUUAUGAAGAUACUCUCAUCUUAUACAGCUUACAUCAAAAUAAUGACGGUUUAGAAAUAACGAUGGCAGUUAGAAACGGCGAUAAUUAUAAAACCAAACAUGAGUUGAUAGAAAAAAUUCAGAAUAAACGAGAAACCGUAGCAAAUUUGUUCCAAAUUAGAGACGUCGUAGUAGGAUAUUCACCAUGCGAUGAAAAUACUUGCGAAAACGGCGGUAUUUGUUUAGAAUCUUUAGAAGUUAAAAAGACUACGGUGAUAUCCGACAGUCAAAAUUUAAUUUUAACCUCGCCAUUGGUAAUCCAUGAAUAUAAAUGUCAAUGCGCUAGCGGUUUCGCCGGCAACAACUGUAACAAAAGACAAGAUCCUUGCGUACCUAAUCCUUGUAAACAAGGUGGAGUUUGUAGACGACAAGGUUCUAAUUUCCACUGCGUUUGUCCGCCAGGAAAAGACGGACGUCACUGCGAGUCCCAAAAAGAUUUCGCUUGUUUCGAGAAUCCUUGUCAAAAUGGUGGAACUUGUAGAGAAACGCCCGACAGAUCAUCUUUCUUCUGCCUAUGUAGAUCCGGUUACAAGGGUAAUCAAUGCGAAAUUCUAGCAGAUUUUUGUAGACCUAAUCCGUGUUUACACGACGGUCUCUGUAUUAGUCUAAAACCGGGUUAUAAAUGCAAUUGCGUCGACGGUAGAUACGGUAGGCAUUGCGAAAAAACAACUUUUGGUUUCGAAGAAUUGUCUUAUAUGAGUUUCCCUUCGUUAAAUACCGCUACUAAUGAUAUAUCUUUCAUAUUUUCUACUACAAAACCGAACGCUUUGCUCGUUUACAACUACGGUUUACAGACGGGCGGUAGAAGUGAUUUCGUCGCUUUGGAAUUGAUACAAGGUAAAGCGGUUUUCUCGUCGGGAGGCGCAAGGACGGCCAUAACGUUGGUUAGCGUCGAAGGACAAACUAGUAAUUUAGCAGAUGGUAAUUGGUAUAAGAUAACAGCGACGAGAAACGGUAAAGUCGUUUCUUUAAAUAUUGGAAGCUGUACAGACAACGGAGACGUAUGUGAAGAUUGCAAACCUGGUGACGAAACUUGCUACGCCGAUGGUAUUGGUCCCAGUGGGACUUUAAAUUUCAAUAACCAACCGCUGCUCAUAGGAGGAUUGAUUAGUGCAGAUCCUGUACUGGAAAGGCCCGGACAAAUCCACACGGACGACUUCGUCGGAUGCGUCCAUAGCGUAUCGAUUGACGGCCGUCAAUUGAACUUGAGUCAUCCACUAUCUUCCGAAGGAAUCGUCAAUAGAUGUAGUCAUCGCGCAUCGUGUCACAACAAUCCUUGUUUUGGUUUUGGUACCUGCGUGGAGCAUUGGAAUACCGUCAGUUGUGAUUGCGGUUCAAACAUAAUAGCCCCCAACUGUCAAUCCGCCUUGCAAUCGAUAAGCGUAAGCGAAGGAGGCUUCGUGGAAUUCUCCAUAUCGAAAAAACAUAAAAGGAUGCAGCUUCUGGAUGAUUUUUAUAGAGGUACGACGCUUUGGAAUCGGAAAACUAGAUCUCUCGUAGAUUUAGUAGGCGAUAAUUUAAAUCAAGUCGGAAAGACUAUUAGUGUACUUUUCCGAACGGUUAAAAAAGACGGACUCAUAUUUUACGCUACGAGUAACAAGCACUAUACUUCGGUGGAAUUGAUUAACGGGCAAAUAGUCUACAUCAGUAGACUUUCGACUGUGAUUAACAUGACGGAUUCUCAUAUCGUUAAUGACGGUAUGUGGCACAACCUAACGUUACAUUCCUACGACCGAAGUAUAAGAAUUAAAUUGGAUAAUGAAAAAUUCGGCGACGAAUUAGAAGCUUCCGGAGUACACGACUUCCUAGAUCCCUAUUUGACGUAUCUUUCCAUCGGUGGUGUCGCAAAAGAAUACUACUACGUUAACGACGUUGUUCUAAAUUAUUUCGAAGGUUGUUUCGCAAAUUUCACCGUAAACAAUGAAAUGCAACCGUUAAACGGUUCGGGAAGUAUAUUUUCGGAAGUUCGUUAUCACGGAAGGGUCGUUAGAGAUUGUAAAGGCCCCAUCGGUGUAGGAACAGCCGCAGCUCCGGAUCCUCUCAGUAUAGGAAUAACUUUGGUGAUUGUUUUCUUCGUGGUAUUACUCGUAGCUAUAUUAGUAUCUUUCGUAGCGUUCCGUUUAAGAAAACAAUACAAAGAAAAAGGAAGUACUUCGAACAGUCCUACUGGAAUACAAACAAAACAAAACGGAAACGGAGGUAUGAUGGGACCGAACGGAAUUAACGUAACCAACGAUAACGUUCUAAGUAGAGUAAUGCACGGUAAUGAAAAUUCGAUGUCGUAUCAUACCGACGGCGACGUUAUACGAGGUAUCGGAGGACAUUCGUUAGUAGGACCAGAAUUAUUAUCGAAAAAAUAUAAGGAACGUGAUAUUCUUCAAGGGGAUUUACCUAGACCUCAACGACCCGAUAUAAUAGAACGAGAAGUUAUAAAUAAAGGACCACCUAUAAGAGACGAGCAUCAUCCUCCGAUGCCUCCAGCGUCGAAUCAUAGUCACGACCACGUCGCUACCGAUUUAAAUUCCGAAAUGCCGGAACAUUACGACUUGGAAAACGCCAGUUCCAUUGCUCCUUCGGAUAUUGAUAUAGUGUAUCAUUACAAAGGUUACCGAGAGGCAGGUGGGGUUAGAAAAUAUAAAGCUACACCACCGCCGCUUACCGGAUACCAUCACAAACAUCAAACAGGUCCAGGGCAAAAUCAACAUAGACAUUCCCCUCAUCAUCCAACGGGUUUUCCUCCGAGAGCCCCUCCCGUUACUAGUCCAAAUUCCCGUCCGCACCAAAGUACCCCCUUGGCCAGGCUGAGUCCGAGCAGCGAAAUGAGUGCCCAACAACCAAGAAUAUUAACGCUGCACGACAUCAGCGGUAAACCUUUACAAAGCGCUUUAUUAGCAACUACCUCCAGUUCGGGUGGAGUAGGUAAAGACGUUUUACAUAGUAAUAGUGAAAGAAGUUUGAACAGUCCCGUAAUGUCACAAUUGAGCGGACAAAGUUCUAAUGGUAGAAAAGUAACAGCACCGCCACCAGUUACCUCGUCGCCUCCAGGAAUGGGGCUAACCGCCGAAGAAAUAGAAAGACUGAAAUCUCGCCCUCGCACCUCUAGUUUAGUAUCCACGCUCGAUGCGGUUUCGAGUUCUAGCGAAGCACCUCGCGGGGGCGGAAAUAAUCACCAUUUGCGCCAUUCGCCAGUGCCAGAAACGCACCACAGUAGUACCACUACCGACGAAAGUGGUCACGAUAGUUUCACGUGUUCGGAAAUCGAAUACGACAACGCCAGUUUGAGCGGAGAAAAGUACAAACCUAGUGAAUCAAAAUCGAGUUCGGGUAACAAAAGUAAUAUACCACCACCGUGUUACGACGGAUUCGAUUCAUCUUACAGAGGUUCUAUGAGUACUUUAGUAGCUUCUGACGAUGAAUUGGGGGGGCCUAUGUAUAGGACUGAUACGGGAUCGCCCCCGACGACGGCAUUAGGUUGGGAAUAUUUUCUCAAUUGGGGACCGAAUUUUGAAAGUUUUGCUGGUGUUUUUAAAGACAUUGCGGAAUUACCGGAUACUGUAAAUAGUCGAGUGCCAUCAGCGUUACGAUUGACGAACGCUCCUAAACCAUCCGAAGAGUACGUGUAAAUAAAUAAAUUACGUAUGAGUGCAAUUUAUUACAAAUAUAAAAGUGUAAACAAUUUGUGAACCUUGUAUCAAGGGAUGAUGAUAUUGUAAUUUUCUUGCCAUACUUUUUUGUAUUAUUUUUUUUAUUGUUGUAAAUUGUUUAUUUUCAUUUGAGAUACCUGUGUAAAUAUUUCAAUACUAAAGUCAUCCGUUUAGAAAAUAUGAAACGUUUUAUUUAAAGAAUAAAAACUAACUGAAAACAA